GAAGACAGAGAUUUGUGAGGGUUGAAGAGGAGAUUCUCCAGGAAGACAAAGAAGUUAAGAGGGAAUUUCGACAGUGGAUGACAGACAACUGGGCUCGCGUGGCAGUGUCCCGGUGGUGUUUUGAAGUAGUGAAGGACGACCUGCAGCGUUGCGUGUGUUUGCCCGGUUUCCGUCAGUGUGUGUGGUUCCUGUCGGUGUGUGUUGUUGUCCAGUGCUGGACCAGGGAGAACCACUCUCCUCUCUCAGCUCUUACAUGGCAAAGUUUCUGGCUGAGUUGCUGGGAUGUACUCUACCAGACAAGGGCACUUCACCAGGAAUGUUCCAGUCUCGAAGUCAGCCCCAUCUAGGCCUGAGGCACGCCUCCAAGCAGCGGCCCACAAUCUUUGGGACGUUGACCAAUGAGAAGCCAAUAUAUGACAACAAAAGGGACAAUAUGCCUCAGACGUCACCGCUGACUGGCAUGCUGGUCUCCAGUGGUUACAACCAGAACCAGAACCAGACCAAGGAAGAGGGACUGUAUUACCAUGACAAUACCCUGGUGUCCGGCUCGCUUGAGGCCCUCAUCCACCACCUUGUCCCCAGCAUGGACUACUACCCUGACAGGACAUACAUCUUCACCUUCCUGCUCUCCUCUCGUCUGUUCAUCCACCCCUACGAGCUCAUGUCCAAAGUCUGUCACCUGUGUAUGGAACAGCAGAGACUGAGUGACCCUCAGGCAGACAAGAUGAGGAUCAGGAAGUUGGCUCCCAAGAUCCUCCAGCUGCUUCAGGAGUGGACGGAGACGUUCUCCUACGACUUCAGAGACGAGAGGAUGAUGAGGAGCUUGAAGGAGCUGACCCAACGCCUGUCCUCAGGGGACGAGCUGUACAGGAAGGUGGUUCACCAGAUGAUUCAGGUCCUAAUCAGGAAGCUGACUACUCUGAGCCAGUACGAGGAAGCCCUGGUCAAGAUCAAUGCUACGGCUACAGACAGACUGACCGUGCUCAAGGCCAAGCCUCAGGCCAUCCAGAGGGACAUGCUGUCCAUCUGCAAUGACCCCUUCACCAUGGCCCAGCAACUCACUCACAUAGAACUGGAGAGACUGAGCAACAUCGAGCCAGAGGAAUUUAUCCAGGCUUUUGAGAAGAAAGACCUUCUGGACAAUGAUAAGAGCUGUUUCAGCGACCAGAAGAAGGCUAGUAGCCUGGAGGCAUAUGUACAGUGGUUCAACAGACUCAGCUUCCUGGUGGCCACAGAGAUCUGCAUGCCCGUCAAGAAGAAGCAGCGAGCGCGAGUCAUGGAGUUCUUCAUCGACGUGGCGCGGGAAUGCUUCAACAUCGGCAACUUCAACUCCCUCAUGGCCAUUAUCUCUGGGAUGAACAUGAGUCCUGUGUCUCGACUGAAGAAGACCUGGAGCAAAGUCAAGACGGACAAGUUUGACAUCUUGGAGCACCAAAUGGACCCUUCCGGUAACUUCUACAAUUACAGAACGGCGUUGAGAGGAGCGACACAGAGGUCUAGAACAGCCAACAGCACCAGAGAGAAGAUCGUUAUCCCGUUCUUCAGCCUACUGAUUAAAGAUAUCUACUUCCUGAACGAGGGAUGUUCCAACAGGAUGCAGAAUGGACACGUUAACUUUGAGAAAUUCUGGGAGAUGGCGAAGCGGGUCAGCGAGUUCAUGGUUUGGAAGAAGGUGGAGUGUCCGUUUGAGAAGGACCGUAAAAUCCUCCAGUACUUGCUUACCGCACCGGUCUUCAGCGAGGACACUCUGUAUCUGGCCUCUUAUGAGAGUGAAGGCCCUGAGAACCACAUGGAGAAGGACAGAUGGAAGUCUCUGAGGUCCACUCUGCUGAGUAGAGUCUAGAACUUCUGAACAGAAUCAUGUCAAACCCAUCUGACAACCAAGCCUUACCCUGCGGUGAUGUCCGAAUAACAGUGUCCCUGCCCUGAAGGGAAACAACAAUCUGAACUGUACUAUUCAGCAGGAUCUUUUUCUGUUCCGCAGUCAAGGAUUUAUAGCUAAGAAUCCCUCCAGUUGAUUGGCUCUUCCUUCACGCUACGUUUCCAAGGACAGCUUUUUAUUUUUUCAUCUCUUUUGUAUGAAUUUUGUAGCCUUUUAUUAAAGACUUUACGACCAUCACGACUGAGA